CAAACCUGACUGGUCAUGUAGAGAAGGUGGGCAUUGAGAACUUUGAACUGCUGAAAGUUCUUGGGACAGGAGCUUAUGGGAAGGUGUUUCUAGUCAGGAAAAUAAGUGGUCAUGAUGCUGGCAAGUUAUAUGCCAUGAAGGUUUUGAAAAAAGCAACAAUAAUCCAAAAAGCCAAAACAACUGAACAUACGAAGACUGAACGACAAGUACUAGAACACAUACGACAGUCUCCAUUUUUGGUGACUUUGCAUUAUGCAUUUCAGACAGAUUCAAAGCUUCAUCUUAUUUUGGAUUACAUAAAUGGAGGAGAACUUUUUACCCAUCUUUCACAAAGAGAGAGAUUUACUGAAGAUGAGGUACGAAUAUACAUUGGAGAGAUUGUAUUAGCACUUGAACACCUGCACAAGUUGGGAAUUAUAUAUCGUGAUAUAAAACUUGAGAAUAUUCUACUUGAUUCUGAUGGCCAUGUGGUACUGACUGACUUUGGCUUGAGUAAGGAGUUUGUUAGUGAUGAAAAUGAAAGAGCAUAUUCCUUCUGUGGAACUAUAGAAUAUAUGGCUCCAGAUAUUGUCAAAGGAGGGGAGACAGGUCAUGAUAAGGCUGUUGAUUGGUGGAGUCUAGGUGUUCUUAUGUAUGAAUUAUUAACUGGAGCAUCACCUUUUACUGUUGAUGGGGAGAGAAACUCACAAACUGAGAUAUCUAGGAGAAUAUUGAAAAGUGAACCUCCUUAUCCCCAAGAAAUGACUGCUCUAGCCAAAGAUAUAAUUCAAGGUCUUCUGAUGAAAGAUCCCAAGAAAAGACUGGGCUGUGGUUCAAAUGGUGCUGAUGAAAUAAAACAGCAUCCCUUCUUCCAGAAACUGAGUUGGAAUGACUUGGCUGCCAAAUUAGUGCCAGCUCCUUUUAAACCAGUAAUUCGUGAUGAAUUGGAUGUUAGUAACUUUGCAGAGGAGUUUACAGAAAUGGACCCAACAUAUUCUCCAGCAAGCACACCACAAGCUGCAGAUAAGCUUUUCCAGGGAUACUCCUUUGUUGCUCCUUCUAUCUUAUUCAAACGUAAUGCAGCCACUAUGGAUCCUGUUCACUUCCUGACAGCAGUGGACCGACCUGGAAUUACAAGUAUUGCCAGGAGUGCUAUGAUGAAGGACUCUUCAUUUUAUCUUCACUAUGAACUGGACCUGAAAGAAAGACCACUGGGAGAAGGAAGUUUUUCCAUCUGUCGAAAAUGCUUACACAAGAAAACUAGCCAAGAAUAUGCAGUAAAAAUAAUUAGUAAAAGGCUAGAAGCCAACACUCAGAGAGAAAUAACAGCUUUAAAACUUUGCGAAGGACAUCCCCAUAUCGUGAAGCUGCAUGAAGUUUACCAUGAUCAGCUCCACACUUUUCUAGUAAUGGAACUUUUGAAAGGAGGAGAAUUACUUGAACGUAUCCAGAAAAAGAAGCACUUCAGUGAAACUGAAGCUAGUUAUAUAAUGCGCAGACUUGUUUCAGCGGUGAGCCACAUGCACGAUGUAGGAGUAGUCCACAGAGACUUAAAACCUGAGAAUUUAUUAUUUACAGAUGAAAAUGAUAGUUCAGAAAUAAAAAUAAUUGAUUUUGGAUUUGCCCGCUUAAAGCCACCUGACAAUCAGCCUCUUAAAACGCCGUGUUUUACCCUUCAUUAUGCUGCACCAGAGCUCUUAAAUCAUAAUGGUUAUGAUGAAUCAUGUGAUCUCUGGAGUUUGGGAGUCAUUUUGUAUACAAUGCUCUCAGGACAAGUACCCUUCCAGUCUCAAGAUAAAAAUGUAACAUGCACAAGUGCAUUGGAAAUUAUGAAGAAAAUUAAGAGAGGAGAGUUCUCUUUUGAAGGAGAUGCUUGGAAGAAUGUCUCUCAGGAAGCCAAAGAUUUGAUACAAGGACUUCUUACAGUGGAUCCAAAUAAGAGAAUUAAAAUGACCAGUUUGAGAUACAAUGAAUGGCUUCAAGAUGGUAGCCAACUGUCAUCCAACCCGUUAAUGACUCCAGACAAUUUAGGAUCUUCAGGAGCUGCUGUACACUCUUAUGUCAAAGCAACCUUCAAUGCCUUUAACAAAUACAAGAGGGAAGGAUUUUGCCUACAGAAUGUUGACAAGGCACCUCUUGCAAAAAGAAGGAAGAUGAAAAAAACAAGUACAAGUACCGAGACUCGCAGCAGUUCCAGUGAAAGUUCUCAUUCUUCUUCUUCUCAUUCGCAUGGUAAAACUACUCCUACAAAGACCCUGCAGCCAGCAAAUCCUGCAGACAGCAAUAAUCCAGAGAGCAUCUUCCAAUUCUCUGACUGAAAAACAGAGAUUUGUUCUGAUGAAGAAUUUGCUGGCGUAUGCAUUCCUUUAAAAAGAGUGUUUAUAUGUGUAUGGAAAAUCCAACUGAUACCCUUGUAGUGAUGGAAGGACUUCUGAACCAGUGGAGGUUUCCACUAAAAUAGGAGGAGAGGCAUUCAUUAACUCUAUUCUGGAGUGUCCCCCAACUCUGGUGCAGAUUCUUGGGGUGGGCACUGGAGGCUGAGAUGGGGAACUCAGUAAGAAUUGAAUCCCAUCUAUUCUGUUAGCAAAGCCUCUGCUGGAUCAAAAAUCCUUCCGUAAGCACACGAUCACUUGUUGGAUUCUGCCCAUAGCUUAUAGGUACACAUUUUAUUUUCUAUUCUUUUGUUUCAGUCCUAGUCUGAAAUAGGACAUGUUAAAAUACUGCUGUGGUUAUAACCAGCAUUGAAGUUGUUGAAGCUAUUAAUGAACAAAGCUUGGGGUGGAAUUCAACAUCAUGCUAAUAAAUGUUUUU